AUGUCUUCAAUUGUGGCAAAGGGCAUGUACGAUGCCAGUUCGAACACCAACGGUGGAGGUAGCUGGGCAUCCUCAGUACCAGCUAGCCGCCGAACCCAAGAUGAGGCAGGACAACAGUCACCCAACAGUCCACAAAGCUCGUCUCAGUUGUCGGGCCAGCAAUCCCCAUCGAGUAACAAGAACGCCGCCACCCCGGAUGAUGGCUAUUGGCACCCAAACGGUCAACACUCAAGCCAACAGUCCGCAUCGAACCCACAGUCAGGGUCGAACCAACAGUCUCCAUCUAACCAACAAUCGACAUCAAACCAGCAAUCAACGACGCCACAGUCUACGUCUAACCAGCAAAGCUCAUCAAAUGCCGGAAGUAACGGCCAAUCUUCCUCCCAAUCCUCAUCUGGGGGCAACGGGGUAACCCCAAACGCCCAAGGCGCUCAAGCUGCAAGCAACGGAGGCACAGCAGGCCAACAGACAGCCUCUGGACAGAAUUCUUCCCCGCAGCUUGGCCAGCAGGCCCAGGGCUCUCAAAGUCAAACGUCAUCCUCAUCUUCGCAAGGACAGGCUGAUUCCAAUGCGCAGAGCAGUGGACAAUACAGCGCCCAAUCAAAUGGAAACCAGCAAAGCAGCUCGUCUUCCUACGGCAGCGGUCAAUCCCAACCCGGACAACAACAGCAGCAGGGUGGCAGCACCCAAUCCAAUCAACAACCUGCGCCUGCACAACACGGACCAAGCAUGGAGGCAGACAGGAUCGAGCAGUCUGACUGGAGUCAGACUGCUCCCACAAAAAGCCAGUGGAACUCGGCAGUUGAUCCUGCACAGUCACCAACCCCGACCGAGACUCAAGCUCAGCACACCACAGCCCAAGAGGCAUCGACGAGCCCCCCUGGGAUACCCUCAUCGCAAUCUCAAGGCACCACGGCCACCUCCGCCGCUGCCAGUGCUGGUAUCGCUCUGGCCGUGAUAGCAACACUCGGACUCAUUGCAGUCCUCAUCUUGGUCCCCCUCCACAAGAAACGCAAGCGCCUGCGCAAGCUUCUCGGUCACCACCAAAGAGAAAAGGAUAUGGACGAGCGCCUGAAAAGGCAUAUGCACCAGGUCAACGACUACGUCGUAAGAGGCUACACCCACACCCAUCGCAUGGCUCGGUCAGCGACAGGAUUCCUCAGACCUAAACGACACGCCUCGCCGUAUGUAGGACAUGUAUCCCCCAGUCUCGGACAAACCAGUCGCAAUGCCUCAACCAGUGAGAAAGUCAACCCAACAAUUAUUCCCAUCCAAUCGCCAGAACUGGCUCUGCACCCAGCGUUCGACCAUUCGCCCCACCCUUCAUUCACAUCGUGGUCAACAACAAGAUCAAAAUCGAGCUGUAACAGCUCUCUGCACCACCCGCACGAUGACAGACCACUGUCGCCCACUUCCAACAACCUUGGUCAGUUCUAUGGACAAGGGUCGGCGGAAAACCUCAGCAUGGGUAAUAUUGUUGCUGUCAACCCAUUGAUGAACAAGAUCUACACCGUAGAGAUGGAUUACAAGUCCGGCAAGCCUGGCCAACUUGACCUCCGCGCCGGCCAGCGCCUGACGAUAUUGCAGGUUUACGAUCAUGGAUGGGCCGUUGCAGUACGCCUCGACUCACCUGAAGCAGGACUAGUGCCGCGCUCUCAUAUCUCUGCCGUCCCUGACGAGCGCCCUCUUGCAUGCAGCGAUGAACUCGCCCCAUCGCAGCGAAACUCCAUGGUUCAGCAGCCACUUGGUGCGCUGACCUCGCGCUUCUAUUCUCUCUUUUCCCAGCCGGAGCCGCAUCGGAAGCCCUCAUCACCUGUCUAG